UUCCGAAAGAUCCCGAAUCUUACAUCGCUAAUUCCGAAGGGAGCCGAGGAAAACCCGAGGUUCCGCGCAUAGACGAGAGCCGCUGUUUCCAAUUCACCAUUGCUAACAGCCAUUUCAUUUAGGUCAUUUCUAGUUUUCAUUAUUUAUACAAUGACUGAGGAUGGAUUCCGAACGACUUGACAUGUCCGUGAAAGACCUGGGAUUUGGGAUUUAUCACCGCAAACAAUGAAUCGUUUUUUCAAUCCCAUCAAAGACCAAACCAGACGGGUGCAUUUUUAAAUAUAUAGGGCGCCUACAGUGUACAUAUUUUCAAAAAGGAUGACUGCACUCUGAACGGAGUCCGCAUAUUGGCCUACAGUUGAAUAUGGAAGAGGAUGGGUUAUCACUGAAAAUAUAAAAUCACAAGAGACUAGAAUGGUCGAAAAAAGGCGUCUCUUUUUUUGAUGGAGAAUCCAACAAGCAGAGCAAGCCCCACAAUAAAAGCGUGAUGUUCUGUAAUAUGACCACCGUUAUUUUCAAAAUUGAGAUGCGUUUACCAGUGAUAGGAUCCAGUUGAUGACAUUCACCGAGAAAUAAGUAUUUGAAAACAGAAAAGAUUGUCAGAAUUGGAAUUUACCCAUUUGUUCUAUUCUGUCAGUGUGAUGGGAAUUUAUUGCUGAACAUUGGGAGAGCUUUAUGGAAAACCCGAAGACAUGACAUGCACACGAAAAAAGAGGAAACGAUCCUUUUUGUUCUUUAAAACCUGUGUUUAUUUAAGAAGUCUGCAACAGGCUUAAUUGACGGGGGAGCCUUGCAAAAGUAAAAGUAUAUGUGCAUUAAGAUCUGAUUCUACUGAGGUGACAAUACCCUGUAUAAAUGAUGUUUUCAGUCAUUUAAUUGUGAAGGAUGUCGACAUUCAUUGUGGAUUAUAUUUGGAAUUUAUGCUCGUUUUGUUGACCCCUCUAUGCCAUUUACUGUUGCUUUACCAUGAUCUUUGAAUCAUUUUAUAUUUAAUGUGGACUGCAACAAGCGGCCUAGAAUAAAAUCCUAAACCUUUGUCUCGAGGACAAGCAUAAUAAAUAAGGAGCUGAAGCUGUGAGAAGAAGAGGCACGAGAGGUAGAGCUACAGGAAACAAGGGGCUUAGUGAAAAAUGGGGCAAUGCGGACUGAAGCGCUCCGGUUCCAUGUGAGAUCAAAAGGAGAGGCAACCACGAGGACGAACGAAAGGGCAGCUGGAGGAGGAGGCGGAGGAGGAGAGGGAGAAGGAGGAGUGGAUUUMAGGAGAGAAGUGGGCAUAACCUGGGAGACAAAGGGAUGGCCAAUGGCAACGAGACCAGUGAGGGGCUCGCCGGUCCCCUGGCGGCGGUGGUGGCCACGACGGGAGGGAUGGCAGUCGGGGGCCCUUCGUCAGCUGUGUCCACCUACAUCAAACUGGUCCUACUGGGGCUAAUCAUCUGCAUCAGCCUGGUGGGGAACCUGGUGGUGUCUCUGCUGGUCCUCAGGGACCGGGCCCUGCACAAGGCCCCCUACUACUUCCUGCUGGACCUGUGCCUGGCCGACACCAUCCGCUCGGCCGUCUGCUUCCCCUUCGUGCUGGUGUCCAUCAAGAACGGCUCGGCCUGGACCUACAGCGUGCUCAGCUGCAAGGUGGUGGCCUUCAUGGCCGUGCUCUUCUGCUUCCAUGCCGCCUUCAUGUUGUUUUGCAUCAGCGUGACGCGCUACAUGGCCAUCGCCCACCACCGCUUCUACUCCAAGCGCAUGACCUUCUGGACGUGCGUGGCGGUGGUGUGCAUGGUGUGGACACUGUCGGUGGCCAUGGCCUUCCCACCUGUCUUUGAUGUGGGCACCUACAAGUUCAUCCGCGAGGAGGACCAGUGCAUCUUCGAGCACCGCUACUUCAAGGCAAACGACACACUGGGCUUUAUGCUGAUGCUGGCCGUGCUGAUCCUGGCCACGCACGUGGUCUACAUGAAACUGCUGCUCUUCGAGUACAAGCACCGCAAGAUGAAGCCCGUCCAGAUGGUGCCAGCUAUUAGCCAAAACUGGACCUUCCAUGGGCCUGGCGCCACCGGCCAGGCGGCAGCCAACUGGAUCGCAGGCUUUGGUCGGGGCCCCAUGCCGCCCACCCUGCUGGGCAUCCGGCAGAACUUGCACAACCAGAACCGGCGCCUGUUGGGCAUGGAGGAGUUCAAGGCGGAGAAGCAGCUCGGCAGGAUGUUCUACGUGAUCACCCUGUUGUUCYUGGUGCUGUGGUCACCCUACAUAGUGGCCUGCUACUGGCGGGUGUUUGUCAAGGCCUGCACGUGCUCGAAGAGAUCACCAAACCAAGCGCCCAAAUUCACAACAUCUUUUUCAUUCCUUGUUUUCACAGAUCAAUAA